GCAGCAGCUCAUCUCUUGAUACCUUGCCAAGGCCUUCAACAACCUUAGAGUCUCUUUCACCCAGAAGUUCACAAUCAACCUCUUCCAACAACUUCCAAAGCCCUAAUCCAGACUGGGUGGACACCUUUCUGAUACCAUGGGAAAAGUUACCAGAGGAACUGAUGCAGUUAUUAGAGAGAGGAAAACGACCAAGUCCACGACUGAGAAGAGAGAUGGUCCGGAUUGUGGUUCGUGACAUGAUGCAAAAAAAUCCUUGCCCAAGUAAAAAGGAUUCUACUGAAGUUGCCAAAAAGAUGGUGGCGAAAUAUCCCAAAUCAUUGCAAGACGUAAUAGAUGGAGAUGUGAUUGGGCCAGGGUACCACUCUUUGGUUAAGCAACUGCAAUAUAGGAUUGAAAAUGCGAAGCGUUCUACAACCCCAAAAAUAAGAAAACGAAAGCAUCGCACUGAUGAGUCUGACACAGACGAAAUCCCUCCAGAACAGAGAGCAGCAAUGCAGGACACUUACGGAUGCAUUAACUGGGAUGUAAAAUUUCUGCCCCUUGGAGAGACCCCAGAGAGCCAGAGAGAAAAGAAAGAAAAACUGAAGAGGAUGUCUCAGCAAACUGAUACAAAUCUAGAAGCGGUCAAACGUCUAAUGAAGUUGACUUUCUACACACAGCGUAAACAAGUGAACCAGGGGGAAAAUAUUAAAAGUCUUCUGGAAGAGUGGCCAUUUUGGUUCAACGAACUUGGCAUGGCAGUCCACUUCAAGGAACUUACCGGAAUUGGGCUUAUCGAAACUUUCACACGGAAUGUGGAUCUGAAGGGGAAACGACUCUUGAACUACUUAAAUACUGUUGGUAUUUACAAGAACAAAAAGUUCCUACAGGCUGUGACAAACCUGAAAGCGAUCAGGGGAGAGCUGAGUGGUUGCUCUGAAGACGUCAAAGAGAUGUUGCUGCUUUUGCUGUCCUACUUUAACGAGAAGGAAGACGCAGUGUUCUGUUAUGUUGAAAACACCCUCCUGGCAGAGGAAGUACAGGUGGACCAAGUUCCUUUGACUCCCACCCUUGUUGUGUGUGGUCAAUCCUGUUUUUCCGCUAAACGGUUCAUGCUGUGUGUGGAUCAAAACAUUAUACUUGACAACAUGCCUUCCUUCAUUUCUGCCCUGUGCAUGAUGUUUGGGAGCUAUUAUUGCUUCAACAUCCAUUACCCAUCAGAGCUGGCAUCAACCCUGGAGUUUCUGCAGAGGUGUUUUUUCUCCAUCAACCCAGAGAAGGGCACCAAAGUGGAGAAGACAAACACAUCCCGUCUUCACGUGAACCCAAGAGUCCUUACCUUGAUUCAGGAACUUUCAGAUCAUGAGUGGCGUGAUGUCUAAAACUCUGGAUAUGGUCAGUAGGAUUUAUGAUGUAAUGAUGUGUGCCACACUACCAGCUUAAAGGUUUGUUUCAGCUCCUAUGUUAGGUUCUUUAAGAUUAGGAGGCAAGAUAAUU